GCCUGCCAAGCUGCCCUUGUCCAGCUACCUGGUCUGAGCAUCAGGUCCCAUUGCAAAAAGGUCUUCGUGUCCCCCUGGGCCAGUAGCAGAAGAGCAGGAACCCCUGAGCUGCGGUUGUCAUAGAUCGGCUAGCUGGCAGAAGAAAAAGCUUGGAAUUCACCUCAAGGGCUUAGAAGCAGGAGGCGGUGCAGCAACCCAUACCCUACCUGUCAGCAGGAGCUACGAAGGGAAGGGCCUGGCCUCUGCCUCCCCACAGCUAUGGACUGACAAGUGGUGCAUGCUGAGGGGCUCUCUCUCUCUCCAGUGCUGCAGAGAGUGUGGGCUUCACCAUGCUGGCACCAGGCGGUGGCCCAGAGCAGAGGAGCAAGCUUGUCCUGCAGUGGAGGCAGGUCUCCUGGAUCACCUGCUGGAUUGCCCUGUGUGCUGUGGAGGUGCUUCCUGCCUGCCCUUUUUCCUGCACAUGUGACAGUCGCAGCCUGGAGGUGGACUGCAGUGGCCUGGGCCUCACCACUGUACCCCCGGAUGUGCCCGCUGCCACCCAGAGCCUUUUGCUCCUCAACAAUAAGCUGAGUGCCCUGCCAAGCUGGGCAUUCGCCAACCUGUCCAACCUGCAGCGGCUGGACCUGUCCAACAACUUUCUAGACCAGCUCCCCCGGUCCAUUUUUGAGGACCUGGUCAAUCUGACAGAGCUCCAGCUUCGGAAUAACAGCAUCAGGACCCUGGACAGGGACCUGCUCCAGCACGCCCCGCUGCUUCGCCAUCUGGAUUUGUCUAUCAACGGCUUGGCCCAGCUGCCCCUGGGGCUUUUUGAUGGGCUCCUGGCUCUGCGAUCCUUGUCCCUUCGCUCCAAUCGCCUGCAGAGCCUGGACCGCCUAACGUUUGAGCCCCUGGCAAGCCUGCAGCUGCUUCAGGUUGGAGACAACCCGUGGGAGUGUGACUGCAACCUUCGAGAGUUCAAACACUGGCUGGAGUGGUUUUCCUACAGAGGGGGACGCCUGGACCAGCUUGCCUGUACCCUACCGAAGGAGCUAAGGGGGAAGGACAUGCGUGCAGUCCCCAUGGAGAUGUUUAACUACUGUUCCCAGCUAGAGGAUGAGAACAACCCUGCUGGGCUGGAUGUUCCGGGGCCACCAUGCACCAAGGCCAGUCCAGAGCCUCCUAAACCUAAGCCUGGGGCUGAGCCUGAGCCUGAGCCUAGCACUGCCUGCCCUCAGAAGCAGAGGUACCGGCCCGUGAGUGUGCGACGAGCUAUCGGCACAGUGAUCAUUGCCGGGGUUGUGUGUGGCAUCGUCUGCAUCAUGAUGGUGGUGGCUGCUGCUUAUGGCUGCAUCUAUGCUUCCCUCAUGGCCAAGUACCACCGGGAGCUCAAGAAGCGUCAGCCGCUGAUGGGGGACCCCGAGGGUGAGCAUGAAGAUCAGAAGCAGAUCUCUUCUGUGGCAUGAGAGCUGUCUGUCUGGCCCAGGUAGGACAGCAAGGAGACUCCGUGGGACUGCUACCAAAAGGGCUGCCCUUCCCUCCAUCACAGGCCCUGUCUCAGCCUGACACUGGUACUGCCUCCCUCAGCUCCCUGGUCCCAAUCUCUUUCCAAGUUUCCCAGAAGCUUCCCUCGGGCCAAAGAUUCCCAUGGAAGGCCUUCUUUGGGCCUCUUGUCUUUGGAACACCUGAGCCUCCCUGUGGGCUUCUGGCCACAGGGAGGAAAGAAGCUCCACUAGAGACAUCAUCUGCACCAGGCACUUCCCUCCUGCCCUGGGCUAUCGCAGCUGGUGACGCCCCCUACCUCCUGCUCAUUCCCACUUCAGUCUGCAUUAGGGCCUGGGAGGGAGGGACAGCAGACCCAGAGGUAGAUUCUGUGACUCCUUUCAAAGCCAGGAAGAUAUUCUUGAGUCCUCGCAGUGCAAAGCUUGUCCAGCUCUUAGCAGCUGGUGCCAAUGUGUAAACACCCUAGCCCUGUGAUCUCGGUCCAACACUUAGAAAAACCAAAGUGACUAUAAUGUCCCCUUUGGGUGGAUGUCAUUAUGUACUUUAUUUGCUAUAGACCCCUCUGACUACAUUGCUCCAGGUUUAUGAAUUCUAUCCAUACUUUUUGUUCUAGUGUGAGGUUCUGAGGCAGGGACUUACUCUAUAUACAAAUUCACUGUCAGACACAAGGCAUCAUUGUAAUGGUCCCACAGACCAAGUCUCUCUCUCUCUCUCUCUCUCUCUCUCUCUCUCUCUCUCUCUCUCUCUCUCUCACACACACACACACACACACACACACACACCACACAGAAACAGAGUCCAUGAGAAUUUGGGGCAGAGGCCCACUAUCCCGAGCCUGAAGGCCACAGUCCCUCUUACUUCUUGAUUACAGUCUUCCCAUGUCAUCAGGGGUUGGGUCCUCGACAAUAACACAGGGAUCCUUUGAGACCCUCUAAAGUGGGCCAAAGUAUGCAGUUAGAGGAACCGCCCAUUGCCAUGGCAACCCUAGCACCUCUGCUGCUAGGUUUACCAGAGGUGUGUGUGUAUGCAUGACAGGUUCCAGGCUUCUGAGAGCUCAGUCACAGAUCCUUGGGCAUGCCUGGGAGCCUUCUCCCUGACAGGUUGCAGGUACACCCAGCAGUUUCUACUCCUGCAGUCUGGCUUCUCCUGUGUCCUCUGUCAUCUGCAUCAUUUGUUUGUGACCUCAAGGGCUGGGUCUGAGCUGUGUUCUGAGAUUGGUGGCUCACCUUAAGGAAAGCAGAUGUCAGGCAUUAAGUCCUCAAGAAGGCUGGCUGCCUUCUAACACAUCCCCAACAGACUGCAGGAACUGGAACAGGAUGGCUACAUUCUGUUCAGAGUCCUUGGAGAUGGGGCUUUCUUUCCCAGGGGUUCACCGGCUCUGCCUGGUUUCCUGGGAGUCUGCAAUCACACCUGGAUUAUCCAGGCUAAAAAAUGGUUGCAGUCCUAUUUGGUAUGAGAUUCUUACCCCUGGGCUGUGCACAGUUUCAAGGUCAUUGCCCUUUGUUCUAAACUGCCUCCUCCUUAGAGACUGGAUAACUCGGUAGGAGAUGCCAGACUGAUAUCUUGCCCUGGGAAGGGUCUUGGUAGUAGCCAGAUAGACACUUAGGCACUGAUGAUACACCUAUGAGGGCCUCAGGGCAGCCUCUCAGCCCUCCUUCUGGUCCUCUGCCACCUACUCAACUAGCAGGGGUGAAUACUGGGAGUCUCAGGAGAGCCUUCAAGGUUGCUCUCUGGGUAGACAGAGAGCACAGGCUGCUGUUCAGGAUCACAGGAUCCUCUAGGCUGGGCCACAGUCUUCCUUCCUCUUUUGGCUGGUGGGCCAAUCCCAGAGCCGGGAUUUUCUAAGGGCCUGGGGGAGGGAGGGUGUUGUCAGUGGUGAUAUCUUUAGCCUGAGACAGAAGAUUUUUAAAGGCAAAAUUAUAUUUCUGGUUUGUCGUUUCAGAAGACCAAUAAAGACUAUUUUCCUAUGUA